AUAAACGUACCUUUCAUCUGAUUACAUUUUUUUUUCUGUAACGGUAAUGGAUUACAGUUAUAUUAGCUUUUAUAUCCUGAAUACGUAAUGCCGGUACAUGUAUUCCGUUACUCUCCAAGCCUGCUUAUCUUUCCAGCUAAUCUGUUUGCACUGAACAGUGAAAAAGGACAUCACCAUGCAAACCUCACUAUAUAUGGAAGACAGCAAUAUUCCAAGCUAUUGCAAACUCCGUGAGCAUGUGUGUGUCAGUGUGUGUUAAAUGGAAUACUUUGACAUUUAGGGCUUUUCCUCCAUUGUCAUUUUGGUGGAACAUUUUUUUCUUUGAAACUGCAAAUUAUGAUAUGACAUUGCUUAUGGCCACGUACUAUACCGUGUAUACAGUACUUUAUAUGAUGCCAGUAUAUACUGUGCUCCUGCAUGUAUGAUAAUGAUACCUAAAAGUUUUACAAAACAUGAUGCUUUUACAAAGCCAGCAAAGGUUCAUUUGGAUUGGCACUGUCAAUUUCUUUAAUAAUGAUAAUGAAAAUAAAGUGGUUGUACUUUGUCUCCUGAAGGUAAGUAAGGUAACCAAAUACCUCUCUGUGUGAUUCAGUAAAGUUCUUCACCACAGUAAAGAACAACCACAAUCAUCAACAUAUUUCUCAAUUUCUAAAGAAUUGAUACAGCCGCAAGUGUCAGUCAACACGGAGCUAUACCAUUGUGAAGCUCAUUCGUUCAUUUCCCCCCCACUCCUUUCACUGGAUCUUAUUCGCAAAUGUAGAUAUUGCGUAAGGUUUGUCUUUGAGUUGUUUGUCUACUUAAAAGGAAAAAUAUUCUUUGAAGUAAACUGUUACAUUGCUUUGUAUAAAUCAAGCAGCAAGAGAAAUAUUGUUGCAAUGUGAGAGGACAGAGCUCAUCAAACCAUCUGGCCUCUAACAGUUACAGUAAAUGAAACACAGUUUGAAAAAGUGCCCAUAUUUUGCAAAACUUAGUUCCUAUAUCGACUUCAUAAUAGAGUUCCAUGCUUGCAAAAACAUUUUCUUGCAAAAUUGAAUGCACAGGGUGCGACAAAUAAAAAGUCAAGCUUGACUCGAUACUUGCUUUGCAUCACCUGCCAGGUAGACUCAAGAGGCUUGUCACCUGGCGGCUGCUGACAUCUCCUUAGGUGACCUCCUUGGCGUUCCUAGAUGAAAACGCCAGACUCUUCGCCAGUGCUCCGCCUCCUCUGUGCAGUCCCGCGCUUAAAUGGCCAAUUUUAGGCCUCAGUGGUGUGUCCCUGUUCAGAGCCUCUGGCAAGAUGCCACAGAAAGCUUGGGGGGAGAAGCAAAGGGGAGAGAAGGGCUGGGAGGGCGAGUGGGCCGCGAAAGAAGAAGGAGGCGGGAGAGAGAGGGAGCUGCUGAUGAAGAGAGAGUAUAACUUUGAGGGACCCACAGGAAGAGACAGCACAGGAACUUUUUGCUGCUUUCUUUUGGGCCUUUUUACAUGUCACGGGCAUCUGUUUAACAAACCGAGAGAUUGUGUCAAGGCCUUGCCGAAAAUUUGCAUUUUUAUCUAACUAUUAAGUGACUACUGAGGCUUGGAAGAAGAAAAGGAGCAGAAAGUCUCGCCAAACUGGGCCAUAGCUCUCCCACCUGUUUUCACUCCGGAUUCCCUGGAGUGCCAGCAUGGGCUCUGGUGCUUGAGGGAAUCUUUGCAUCUGUUAUCUGGAGGCGAGAGAAGCUGUAGAAGGGAGAUGUCAUCCUACUUCCCCCGCAGCAAAGACCUGACUCGUACCAGGAGGUCAGUCACCGACUCACCGCCAUCGUCUCCAUCCCCUACAGACAAAAGCUUCCGACAUGACAGGCUGUCAAGAUUCGACUCUAGUGGGGAGAACGUCCCUGACAGACUGAGCAGAACCAGCUCCUACACUCGCAGGGAGAACAGGCUAGCUUCUCUGAACAAACCGGAGCAAGACACCACAAGCAAAGACUAUAAGAAGAUGUACGCCGAGGCACUACAGGAGAAUGAGCGUCUCAAGUCCAGGUUGCAGGACAGCAAACAAGAACUCGUCAACAUUCGUUCCCAGCUGGAAAAAGUGGCUCAAAGGCAAGACAGGAUAGCAGAGAAAUCGACUCUGCUUGAAUCUGAGAAAAAGGAAAAACGGGCCCUUGAAAAAAGAGUCUCAGGCAUGGAAGACGAAAUGAAGGCUUUCCCUGCUCUUGCUCAGGCGCAGGCCUUGCGGAGCGUCAACGAGCGCCUCCUGGCCGAGAACAGAGCUUUGCUGCGCGCCCUCACCCGCCUCUCUGAAACGGCCUCCAUACCGGAGACAGAGGACCUCUGAACUCACCCGUCUUCCUCUCAUCCCCUUCCUUAGCAACAUAACACUCCUUUUGGAGCCUCCACAGGCCCCUCAUCCUCUUCCAUGUUCCUCUCAGGUCUUGACAGAGCUCAAGAUGGACAACCAGAGGCUAAAGGAUGAGAACGGCGCUCUCAUUCGAGUCAUCAGCAAACUGUCUAAAUAAAAGGAUGUCACAACCUAAAGCUCCUUGUUUGCAGAUGUUCAACCCCUUUAUGAGAGCUCUUGAUUCCCGCAAUCAAGUGCCUCCUGUUGGGCAGUGUUAAUAUUAAUGGAGUGACUUGUAUAAUAACGACCACCCCUUAUAAUUUUUAGGGACCAUGCAUGCAGCGUGAUAGAUAUUUAAUAAUAAUGACUGCAUGAAGACCUCACCAUAUAACAUCAUAAUUGUUGCCCCAGUUUGCAUACAGAACAUUGUGUACAGAAUACUGUAUGUUGUCUUAUUUAAGAAAAACGAAUGGAGUCCUUAGUGCUAGUUACCACCCCAGAAUGGUCAUAGCAGAAUGAAUACAAUUUGUGAGUGCUGAGAUUCAAUGAUUGCUCUUCUUGCAGUGGCACACAGAAACAUGCACUUAGAAACACAAAUACAGCAAAAAUAAUAAAUACAUAGCAAAAAAAAUCUAUUAAAGGUUCAAUUGGGACUUUUCUGAUUGUUCAAGGUGUUUAUGUUAACAGGCAAAAUGGUUUUAAACCCAAUGAGAUGAAAAAAACAAAAAACCAAAGAAACAAAACAAUUGGCAUACUUUCCACUCUUUCCUGUCCAGACUGAUGCAUUUAAGAAAGGCAUGCCACUGCACGGAUAAAGAAUGCUAACACAUCAAUCAAAGUAUCGGCAUUGAUUUGGCUAUAGUUAGAGGUAAGAGCGAGGCUCAAGUCUUCUGCAUUCUAUUUUCAGCACUUUCAAUAUGUCUCACAUUUGGCAGUUUGCUGCUUCCUCAGCAGAGCCAAAUUGCUACGCAGAGGGCUGAAAGAUAUUUUAUGUAUUUAUUUAUUUAUGUAUUUCUUUUGAUCGCUUGGUUUUCAUUUCAAAGGCAUACACCAGUUACUCUGUCAGAGGAAAAACAGAAAUCAACAAGACAAGGCAUAUUUAUAUCCUUCACAGCUGACAUAUUGAUAUGAAAUGCUAUGGGACACUUUGGAGAACCACUUGCAGUUGUCAUUAUGUAUGCCAAAGGUGUUGCUACGCAGUUUGAUUGUGAAUACGCAGUUGCCCUCAGCAUUUCUUCUUCCAUUCUUAGCAACAUUAUCUUAUACUGGGCUCAGAUUAAAGUCUGCUCGUUUUGCAUUGCAGUUACCACAACAGCGGUGUGCCGAAAUUAAAACAGGCAUACUGUCAUCUGUUAGAAAUGUAAUCCGUCAUCGGUUCAUUAGCGAUUUUGUCAGCAUCAGUCAAAAUCUUGCUAUAAAGCCAACAACUGCAAAUAUUUUGGAAGCCUUACUCACAGUUCUUUUGAUGCUUUUUUGGGGUCAUCAAAAGCAUGUUGACAGAGAAUAUUUAAAUGAAACUUUUAUUAAGGCUACUGUAUUAAGGAUAUAAAUAUAUCAUCCACAGCAGAGACUGACUAUAAACAGCCCAUGAACUAAUGCUAAGGUUAAACCAUGAGUCAUAAAAGUUUACAUCAGCGUAUUGUAUCACGCUGUCAGAGAGAAUGCAGUAUUUUCGAUUUAAAUGUAUUAAAUGAUUAGUAUGCACACUUUGGUGUAUCCACACUGCUCAUUAAAAAGUUGUAGUGAAACAAA